CUUGAUUAAUUGUUUACUGAAUCAGCCUUUGGACCUGUUACCACCAAGAAAGCUCUGUCUUUGCCCACUGCCCCUGCCUCAGUAUUGGCACAGGAUGUAGCCUGCCCACCCUAUUUCCUGGGGUGUGAUGGGAACAGAGAAUUGAACUUGAUGGUAGGGACUGAAUGUCCCAACUUCUCUGCCUGCCUCUAGCCCCAAUACGUUUGCUCUUUCAUUGUGAGUAUUUGAUGAGGAAAUGCUUUGGACAGGCACAACAGUCGCUUCAUAGCAACCUGAGUUUAAUGGAAGUGACCAGAGGGUGGACCCCCCCACACAAGCACACUGGGUUUUAGAAAUUGAGGAAUAGCUAAACCUUUUUUAUUCAUGUUCCCAGUUCUCUUGACACUUCUCUCCCUGCCCUUCCUAGAGAUAAAGCCAAGGCAAAGAAGGAUGGCUGGCCCCAGGUUUUUCAGUGUCCCUCAAUAAUGGGGUCCCUGUGGAAGGAUGUAUGUCCAGCUCUGCAGAUGAGGAUGUGGCUAUCUGCAGGUGUCUCUGGAAUCCACUGGUUAAGCACUGUGUUGGAGAGUUGGUUUAAAACCGGCUUUUUCUAACUAUGUGGCUUUGGUCAAGUCGCAGGCUCUCUGAGUUUCAAGUGUCCCACGUAUAGGACAGGAGUGAUAAAUAUCUACUACCUCACGCUCUCUCUGUUGUGAGCAUUGAGAGAGUGUAUAUGGUCAACAUAAUGAAUGACAGCACGGUGCCUGGCACAUUCUGAGAGCUCUAAUGUUAGCAGGUAUUAUUUAUUAUCUUAAAGUUGAAGUUUCUGUACUAUUUGGCCCCUGACUACUUCAUCUUGCCUCUCUGUCCAGUUUUCCUUGGCCUCCGCCUGGAAUUUGCCCUUCCUCUGUCCCAAGCCUCCAACUUUGUCUUUCAAGAUGGGUAGAGGGUCUCCUGAGAAGCCCUGUGUGACCCCGUUUACAUUCUCACCUUUAUCUACAGAUAUGUCUUUACUUCUUCUCCAGUAACUGUACUAUCAAAUUCCUGGGCAGGGCUAUGAUGCCUGACUUAACCUGUGUAUCUCUUAGUAUCUGCACCCCCUCUAGGGCCUUGUAGGCUUACAGUAGACCCCUAAUAAAUGUUGGAUGAAUAAGGGAGAGUACCUGUGUAUAUUUGCUUUUUGAGUGUUUGUGUGUGAGAGAGACUGGUGAGUCUAAGCCUUUGUGCAUCUCAGAGUGUCUCUAGUUGUGUGUGAGAUGAGGGCUUGUUUCCAGGUGUGUCAGAUGGGGACUGCGUGUGGGACUCAAUCUCUGACAGUUUGUGUCUGUUUCUGAGACAAGUGCAUGUCUGCGUGGGUCUGUCUGUGACAGUGCAUCUGUGGUUUCUUUCCGAUAGGGUGGAUGAAUGUCCGUUUGUAUUCCUGUGACAGAUUCUGGGUAGCUAUUUCUGGAUAGUUUGACAAUGCUGCAUGUCUGCUGGUGUGUGUGUGUGAGAGAGAGAGAGCAACUGACUGGGUGGAUCCGUGUCUGUUUUUGUGAUACCGCCUAUCUGUGGCUCUAUCACAUAAGUAUAUGUAUGUCUUUGGAGAAGUGCAUGUAUGUCUUGAGCGUCUGUGUGUCUUCCUGUGACAGACUUUGGGUCUCAUUUCUGGAAUAGUACUAGUCUUUAUGUGACACUGCAUGUCUGAUGGUACAAGUAUCUUUGUGACAAGUUUUGGUGGUGUGUCUGACAGGACAUUUUUGUGUCCUUGUCAUAUGGCAGUGUAGGUGUAUGUGAAUCUGUCUGGAGUGCCUUUCUGUAACUGCAUCUCUGGUGUCAUGCUAGGACAUAACUGGCAGCAUGCCUGCUUGACAGUGGGUUUCAGUCUCGGUGACAGUACAUAUCUGUAUAUGUUUAGGACAAGCUCAUGGGAAUGUGGCAGUGUUUUUGUGUAUUUUUCACAUGGUACUUCCCUGUGUGUGUGUCUUUGGAGUGCAUGUCUGUCUCCUGCAGCAUGAGGCCUGUUAUUUCCAAAUUUGUGGCUAAGGGUAUUUUACCACCUUUCUGAGCUCCUGCGAUCCCUGUGUGUGUCUCAUCCAGAAACACAUCCCAAGCCACCACCACUCUGGCUUGCUCCCACCUGCAAGAAGCACCCCUCCUCACUAUUCCAGAAUCUGACUGGGCUCAUGGCCAGGUCUAGCCAGGUCUGUCUACAUUAAGGGCUCCACAGCAGUGGUGGUCAGAUUAGUGCUCCCUAAUGGCUGAACAGGUUCUUCAAGGAUCCCUGGCUUUACUUCCCGGGCGGAGGCCACCUGUCGCCUAGAGGGCUCUGGACCUGGUUUGAAGAGUACCCUUCGGAGAAAGGGUCAUGGAUAACCACAGGCUGAUUCUUAGAAGCCGUAGAAGGCCUGGCAUUAUCUCUGCGCUAGUCUCGAGGCAGUGGCGGCCAACCAACUUCCUAGGAAAGGGGGCGGUGUAUUUUUUUAAGUUUAUAUCUGCACAUACAGACACAUAAAAACAAUGCCGCGCAACCAAAACAAACCCGGUUGCUGCGAAAGGGAUUCCUAAAACCAGUUUCCUCUCCACACGCGUCCCCCUCAUGUGCAUGCAGACCCCGCCCCGCGGAAGAUACGGGCAUGUAUUUGCAUAGGGGGGUACUUGAAACGUUGAGGGUGGUAUGCAAAUUAGAGCUGGUUCCGAUUGGCUGGGGUACAGCAGGUGCUGAGUCCGGAUUGAUCAAAGACAAGUGGGAGGGGCCGUCGCCCCGGGCGACUCUCUCGGGAGGCGCGUGCCCUGUCUCAGUAGCGUCAGGGCUGGCGCGCGCGGCGAAUCCUAACAUUGCGCUCUUUGCUGGCCCUUCUGGGCCACCAGUCUCCUUACCUUCCAUCCUGGCGCCCCCUAGUCCAGGUUCCCCGGACUCACUGCCCCGGGCGUCCACACCCUGCGGGCUCAGCGGGCUCAAUCUGCGCAGCUCCUCCUCCAUGUUGACUAAGCCUCUGCAGGGGCUCCCGGUGGCCCCCAUGACUCCUACGCCGCUGCCAGGAGGCAAGGAUCGGGAAGCGUUCGAGGCCGAGUACCAACUCGGCCCCCUCCUCGGUAAGGGGGGCUUUGGCACCGUCUUCGCAGGACAUCGCGUCACAGACCGACUCCAGGUGGCCAUCAAAGUGAUCCCCCGGAAUCGCGUGCUGGGCUGGUCCCCCCUGUCAGACUCAGUCGCAUGCCCACUGGAAGUGGCACUGCUAUGGAAGGUGGGUGCAGGCGGUGGGCACCCUGGUGUGAUCCGCCUGCUUGACUGGUUUGAGACACCAGAGGGCUUCAUGCUGGUCCUUGAGCGGCCUCUGCCUGCCCAGGAUCUCUUUGACUACAUCACAGAGCAAGGCCCGUUGGGUGAAGGCCGAAGCCGCUGUCUCUUUGCCCAGGUAGUGGCAGCUGUUCGGCACUGCCACGCCCGUGGAGUUGUCCAUCGUGACAUCAAGGAUGAGAACAUCCUGAUGGACCUCCGCCGGGGCUGUACCAAACUCAUUGAUUUUGGUUCUGGUGCCCUGCUUCAUGAUGAACCCUAUACUGACUUUGAUGGGACAAGGGUGUACAGUCCCCCGGAGUGGAUCUCUCGUCACCAGUACCAUGCCCUGCCAGCCACUGUCUGGUCACUGGGUAUCCUCCUCUAUGACAUGGUAUGUGGGGACAUUCCCUUUGAGAGAGACCAGGAGAUUCUGGAGGCUGAACUCCACUUCCCUGCCCAUGUCUCCCCAGAUUGUUGUGCCCUAAUCCGCCGGUGCCUGGCCCCCAAACCUUCUGCCCGACCCUCACUGGAGGAGAUCCUGCUGGACCCCUGGAUGCAGACACCAGCCGAGGAUGCAUCCCUCAACACUCCCAAAGGGGGUCCCACCCCUUUGGACUGGUCCCUACUGCCCUAGUGCUAGCUGGGGCUCCCAUUAGUUGAAAUAGUCAUCCCGUGGCCAUGCCACAGGGAUAGAUGGUUAUCUGUUGAUCUGGUUUUACAGGUCUCUAAAAAUCCAGUGUUAACUAGGGUCAGAGAUUGGGGAUCAGGGGUAAGAAGACAUAACCCAAGUUUGCCCAGUUCCCAUUCCCGUCUUUCUAAGGAGCUGUCUUUGUAGAACAUAUGCUCUCUUAUUCUGGAGGGGCUCCUUCUUUGCUUCUUGUUUUGCUAAGGAUGUUUAUUUGGUUGAGGUUACUUAACAUUCUGAACCCCCCGGGACUCUUAUUCUGAUGAGUAGUAACCCCUACACUGGCACCUCCUGCUACUACCACACAAACUUAGUUUAAAUGCUCUGAUUUGGGCAAGGGUGCUUUCCUUCCAAUACCCCAGUGGCUCUUAUUUUAGCAAAGGGACCCUUUCCCCUAGCCUCGGGUCCCCUAUUCAGUCAAGCUGCUUGCCUGCCUCAGCCCAGGGUUGUUUAUUCUGGGGGAGGUAAGCCCUAUUGUUGUCCCAGGGCUUUUUUUUUGGUGAGGGGACCCUACUCUGUUAUCCCAAGUGCCCUUAUUCUGGUGAGGAGAAACCCCACUUUCAUGAUGUGGGAGGGAAUGGGAGAUGGACACUACUAGAGUCCACUAGGUUGGGGUGGAUGGUUUUUUGGGGGAAUGGGGUGGGGGAAAUAAGUCUUGUUGUUUGUUCUCCUGGGGCCCCACCCUCCAUCUUUUUCAGAUUCUUGCUGCCUCCUUCUGAGCCAGGGUUGUCCAGUUGCUGAAAUGUAAAUACUUAUGUAUUGGGGAAGGGGAGCUCCAACUGUUAUCUUCCUCUUCCUUCUCCCCCUGCCUGGAUUAUUUAAAAAGCCAUGCGUGGAAACCCACUAUUUAAUAAACGUAAUAGAAUCAGAA